GCAAGCCUGGAAAAAAGCACCAAAAGGCUGCCCAGCGCCAAUCGGGCUCGAAAGGGCUGCCCGGCGAGGCCAAAAACGAUGCCCUCCUACUGCUUCCUCUGCGCCGAGCCGGCGAAGUUAAGAUGUGGCCGCUGCAAGGGGCCCUGGUACUGUAGCAGGGACUGCCAGCGCGACGACUGGAAGCGGCACGCGCCGGCUUGUGCCAUACCGAAGAAACCGGUGCCCAAACCCGUCAUCCCCCAAAUUCCGCGAAAUGUCAAACCGAAGACGUGCGCGACGUGCGCUUGUGAUUUGCCCGAGGACGUGAGAGACAUUGUAUAUAAUAGCUGCUGCGGUAAAACGUGUUGCGUGGAAUGUGGUCGCAAACACAAAGACCAUCGGUGCGGUUUUUGUGGAGUUAAGCCUUGCGAGACGACGACCGAGGCGUUGGAGCGGCUCGAACAAAGGAUCCAGAUCAAUGAGCAGGACGCGGGCCAGGCCUUGAAUCUGUUGAGCGGCCACCAUAUGCGGGGCGAGGGCAUUCCACAAAAUCCGAACGAGGCGCUUCGAUUGCGCGACAUCGCCAUCGCCAGAGGCGAUCGCGAGUCGCUGUGCAACCGAGGGCUUGAUGAACUACAAAGGGAGGAUCCCAAAGCACGAGAGACGCUAGGCAAGGCGGCAGCUUUACAUUGCCCCGCGGCGCUCCUGAAGCUGGGCACGGCGUGCUUUAAUGGGGUCUGCGGCCCGCCGGACAAGACAACAGCAAGACGCUGCUUCGAAAUACUAGCGGCGCAGAAGGGCAGGUUGGAGGGCGAAGCGAGGAUGAAGCUUUGUAGCUUACUCUCCACAGAAAAUAAAGAGGGAGACCGGCGCGCGGCGUUGGCCGCGGCGGCAGGCCAAGCGGCCCAAGCCGCGAAGCUGGGCCACGCCCUCGCGCCGUUAGCUUUAGAUUCCCUCAAAAUCGCGGCCGUGCGCGAGCAGAAGACGGCGCUCUGCGGGAAUUGUCUGGCGGAGGAAGUGAUCCUCACCGCGGAGUUGGACGUGUUGAGCGUCCAGGCGGGUGAUUCAUCAUCGGACGACUCGGAGCCGUGCGAGACGAAGCGAGUGGUCUCUAGUAUUAGAAAGCGCAUCGCGGCCUUCGAGAAGCUUUCCGAGAAGCCGUUCGAGGACGACCGCCAGUACCUCCUCCUCGACGACGAUAUAAGGCCG